ACCAUGGGACCUGCUUCGGGCCCCAGCCUGCUGCUGCUGCUGCUGACCAGCCUCCCCCUGGCCCUGGGGGACCCCAUGUACUCCAUGAUCACCCCCAACGUCCUGAGGCUGGAAAAUGAGGAGACUGUGGUGCUGGAGGCCCACGAUGUGCAAGAGGACAUUCGCGUUACCGUCAGCGUCCACGACUUCCCUGGCAAGAAGCAAGUGCUGUUCAGCGAGGACACCCAGCUGACUGCCGCUAACAGCCACCUAAGCGCCCUCCCCAUUAAGAUCCCAGCCAACAAGGAUCUAAGGUCCGACAGGAAGAAUAAGUUCGUGGUCGUCCAGGCGGCCUUCAGGGACGUCGUGGUGGAGAACGUGGUGCUUGUCAGCCUGCAGAGUGGCUACCUCUUCAUCCAGACCGACAAGACCAUCUACACCCCGGGCACCACAGUCCUCUACCGCAUCUACUCUGUGAACCACGAACUGCUGCCUGUGGGCCGGACGGUGGUCACCACCAUCGAGACCCCCGAUGGCGUUCCCAUCAAGAGAGACUCCUUGUCUUCUCACAACCAGUUUGGUAUCUUGUCCUUGUCUUGGAACAUCCCAGAGCUGGUCAACAUGGGGCAGUGGAAGAUCCGAGCCCACUACGAAGAUUCCCCGCAGCAGCUCUUCUCCGCGGAGUUUGAGGUGAAGGAGUAUGUGCUGCCUAGCUUUGAGGUCCAAGUGGAGCCGACAGAGAAGUUCUACUACAUCUAUGAUCCCAGGGGCCUGGAGGUCACCAUCACGGCCAGGUUCUUAUACGGGAAGAACGUGGAUGGGAUGGCCUUCGUGAUCUUCGGUGUGCAGGACGGCGACCAGAGGAUUUCGCUGACCCAGUCCCUCAGCCGCGUCGUGAUCGAGGACGGCUAUGGGGAGGUGGUGCUGAGCCGAGAGGUCCUGCUGAACGGGGUAAAACCCUCCAGCCCAGAAGCCCUGGUGGGGAAGUCCUUGUAUGUGUCAGUCACUGUCAUCCUGCAAUCAGGCAGCGACAUGGUGGAAGCAGAGCGCAGCGGGAUCCCCAUCGUGACCUCCCCCUACCAGAUCCACUUUACCAAGACGCCCAAGUACUUCAAGCCAGCCAUGCCCUUGGACCUCAUGGUCUUAGUGACGAACCCUGAUGGCUCUCCAGCCCGCCAAAUCCCCGUGGUGACCAAGGACAACGGCGUGCAGUCCUUGACCCACAAUGACGGUGUGGCCAAGCUGAGCAUCAACAUGCCCAACAGCCCAACCCCCCAGACCAUCACGGUGCGCACAAAGAAAGAUGGCAUCCCAGAGGGCCAGCAGGCCUCCGAGACCAUGCAGGUCCAGGCCUACAGCCCCCCCGGCAACUCCAACAACUACCUGCACCUCUCCGUGCCCCGCUUAGAACUCAAACCAGGCGAGACCAUCAAUGUCAACUUUCACCUGCGAGCAGAUCCUGGCCUGCAGGCCAGGAUCAGCUAUUACACCUACCUGGUCAUGAACAAGGGGAAGCUGCUGAAGGUGGGACGCCAGGGGCGGGAGCCUGGCCAGGAUCUGGUGGUGCUUCCUCUGACCAUCACUGCUGACUUCAUCCCCUCCUUCCGCCUGGUGGCCUAUUACACGCUGAUCGGUGCCAAUGACCAGAGGGAGGUAGUGGCCGACUCCGUGUGGGUGGAUGUCAAGGACUCCUGCAUGGGCACGUUGGUGGUAAAAGGCGGCGAGAAGGACCAGAAGACAUAUUUGCCAGGACAGCAGAUGACUCUUAGGAUAGAGGGUAACCGUGGGGCCCGAGUGGGACUGGUGGCUGUGGACAAGGGCGUGUACGUGCUGAACAAGAAGAAUAAGCUGACUCAGAGUAAGAUCUGGGACGUGGUGGAGAAGGCAGACAUUGGCUGCACGCCAGGCAGUGGAAAGGACUAUGCUGGUGUCUUCAUGGAUGCAGGCCUGGCCCUUCGGACCAACAAGGGCCUGCAGACUGCCCAGAGGGCAGAUCCUGAGUGCCCGAAGCCAGCUACCCGCCGACGGCGCUCCGUGCAGCUGAUGGAGAAGAGGACAGACAAAGCGGGCCAGUACCAGGACAAGGAGCUGCGCAAGUGCUGUGAGGGCGGCAUGCGGGAGAACCCCAUGGGCUUCUCGUGUGAGCACAGGACGCAGUACGUCACGGGCAAGUCCUGCAUCAAGGCCUUCCUGGACUGCUGCCUCUAUAUCACCCAGCUGAGGAUCGAGCACAGUCGGGACAGCUCCCUGGACCUGGCCAGGAGUGACCUGGAUGAGGACAUAAUCCCGGAAGAAGAUAUCAUUUCCAGGAGUCAGUUCCCUGAGAGCUGGCUGUGGAGUAUAGAGGAGCUCAAAGAGCCAGAGAAAAAUGGAAUCUCCACAAAGAUCAUGAACGUGUUCUUGAAAGACUCCAUCACCACCUGGGAGAUCCUGGCUGUGAGCUUGUCGGACAAGAAAGGGAUCUGUGUGGCCGACCCCUACGAGGUCACGGUGAUGCAGAACUUCUUCAUUGACCUGCGGCUCCCCUACUCUGUGGUGCGUAACGAGCAGGUGGAGAUCCGAGCCGUCCUCUACAACUACCAGAAGGAUAACAUCAAGGUACGGGUGGAACUGCUCUAUAACCCGACCUUCUGCAGCUUGGCCACUGCCAAGAAGCGCCACCAGCAGACCCUGACCAUCGCGGGUGAAUCUUCAGUGUCCGUGCCUUUUGUCAUUGUUCCCCUGAAGAUUGGCCUCCAAGAGGUGGAGGUCAAGGCCGCUGUCUACAACCAAUUCAUCAGCGACGGUGUCAAGAAGACCCUGAAGGUCGUGCCGGAAGGAAUGAGAGUCAACAAAACCGUAGCUGUCCGCACGCUGGACCCAGAACACAAGGGCCAAGGGGGAGUGCAGAAAGAGGAGAUUACAGCGGCAGACCUCAGUGACCAAGUCCCAGACACGGAGUCAGAGACCAGGAUCCUCCUACAAGGGACCCCAGUGACCCAGAUGGUAGAGGACGCCAUCCACGGAGACCGGCUGAAGCACCUGAUCGUGACGCCCUCGGGCUGUGGGGAGCAGAAUAUGAUCGGCAUGACGCCCACCGUCAUUGCGGUGCACUACCUGGACCACACGGAGCAGUGGGAGAAGUUCGGCCUGGAUAAGCGCCAGGAGGCCCUGGAGCUCAUCAAGAAGGGGUACACCCAGCAGCUGGCCUUCAAACAACCCAACUCCGCCUACGCCGCCUUCCAGAACCGGCCGGCCAGCACCUGGCUGACUGCCUUCGUGGUCAAGGUCUUCUCCUUGGCCGCCAAUGUCAUCGCCAUCGACUCCUUGGUCCUCUGCGGAGCGGUCAAAUGGCUGAUCCUGGAGAAGCAGAAGCCCGACGGCGUUUUCCAGGAGGAUGGGCCCGUGAUACACCAAGAAAUGAUUGGUGGCUUCCGGAAUGCUGCGGAGAAAGAUGUGUCCCUCACGGCCUUUGUUCUCAUCGCGCUGCAGGAGGCUAAAGAUAUCUGUGAGGGGCAGGUCAAUAGCCUGGGCGGCAGCAUCAACAAGGCUGGAGACUUCCUUGAAGCCAAUUACCUGAACCUGCAGAGGCCGUACACUGUGGCCAUUGCCGGCUAUGCCCUCGCCCAGCUGGGCAAGCUGGAGGGAAACCACCUCAACAAAUUUCUGGGCACAGCCAAAGAAAACAACCGCUGGGAGGAGUCGGGCCAGCAGCUGUACAACGUGGAAGCCACGUCCUAUGCCCUCUUGGCCCUGCUGAGUCUCAAAGACUUUGACACCGUGCCGCCCGUUGUGCGCUGGCUCAACGAACAGAGAUACUAUGGAGGUGGCUAUGGCUCCACCCAGGCCACCUUCAUGGUGUUCCAGGCCUUGGCUCAGUACCAGAGGGAUGUCCCUGAUCACAAGGACCUGAACCUGGAUGUGUCCAUUCACCUGCCCAGCCGCAGCUCUCUGGUCAGGCACCGCAUCCACUGGGAAUCUGCCAGCCUCCUGCGAUCAGAAGAGACCAAGGAAAAUGAGAAUUUCACAUUAACAGCCAAAGGGAAAGGCCAAGGCACCUUGUCGGUGGUGACAGUAUACCAUGCCAAGGUCAAAAGGAAAACCUCCUGCAAGAAGUUCAGCCUUAGGGUCCAGCUACAACCAGUAGCUGCAACCGUCAAGAAGCCUCAGGACGCCAAGAGCAGUAUGUUCCUGAGCAUCUGUGUCAGGUACCUGGGACAGCAGGAUGCCACCAUGUCAAUCCUGGACAUAUCCAUGAUGACCGGCUUCUCCCCCGACACUGCUGACCUUGACCUGUUGAGCAAAGGCAUCGACAGAUACAUCUCUAAGUAUGAGAUGGACAAGGCCGUGUCCGACAAGAACACCCUCAUCAUCUACCUGGACAAGAUCUCACACACCAGGGAGGAGUGUCUGACCUUCAAAGUUCACCAGUACUUCAAGGUCGGUCUUAUCCAGCCCGGGGCCGUCAAGGUCUAUUCCUACUACAACCUGGAGGAGUCCUGCACCCAGUUCUACCACCCAGAAAAGGAGGAUGGAAUGCUGGACAAGCUCUGCCACAAGGACACGUGCCGCUGUGCUGAGGAGAACUGCUUCAUGCACCACGUGGACGACAAGGUCACCCUGGACGAGCGGCUGGAUAAGGCCUGCGAGCCGGGCGUGGACUACGUGUACAGGACCCGUUUGGUGAGGAAGGAGCUGUCCAAUGACUUUGACGAUUACAUAAUGGUCAUAGAGCAGCUCAUCAAAUCAGGCUCCGACGAGGUGCAGGUUGGACAGGAGCGUAGGUUCAUCAGCCACAUCAAGUGCAGAGAGGCUCUGAAACUGAAGGAGGGGAAGUACUACCUCAUCUGGGGCAUCUCUUCUGACCUUUGGGGAGAGAAACCCAACACCAGCUACAUCAUCGGGAAGGACACCUGGGUGGAGCUGUGGCCGGAAGCUGACGAAUGUCAGGAUGACGAGAACAAGAAGCGGUGUGAGGAUCUGGGCGCCUUCACAGAGAGCAUGAUCGUCUUCGGGUGCCCCAACUGAGCCCUGCCACCACCCCCCAAUAAAACUUCAGUGUAUCUCA